CUUGUUCCUCAGCAGCCUGAACGCCCAUCACCAUGAAGACCUCUGUUGUCCUCCCCGUCGUCCUCCUCCAGGCCGCCACCGUUAGCGCCUGGGGCAAGCUCGGCCAUGCUACCGUCGCGUCUGUUGCUCAGCAGUAUCUCACCCCCAACACCGUGAAGCAGGUCCAGACCAUCUUGGGCGACAACUCGACCAGUUAUAUGGGCAACAUUGCGUCGUGGGCUGACUCUUUCCGCUAUGAGUCGGCGGCUAAUGCGUGGUCUGCCGGUCUUCAUUUCGUGAACGGCCAUGACGCCCCUCCCCCGGAGAGCUGCCACCUUGUCCUCCCGGAGGACUGCCCUCCUGAGGGCUGUGUCGUUUCCGCUAUCGGAAACUACACCGAGCGUGUGCAGAUGAAGAACAUCACCGCCGACCAAAAGGCGCAGGCUCUCAAGUUCAUCGUCCACUUCUUGGGUGAUAUCGCCCAGCCUCUGCACACCGAAGGCUUCGGCGAGGGAGCCAACAACAUUACCGUCACCUUCCAGGGCUACAAGACCAACUUGCACGCCGCCUGGGACACCUCAAUCCCCAACGCCAUGCUCGGCAUCUCCCCUCCGACCAGCGCCGCCAACAUCACCAGCGCCGACUUUUUGGGAUGGGCCAACAACCUCGCCGCCAAGAUCAACCAAGGUCAGUAUCGCAAGGACGUCCGCAGGUGGUUGCGUUACCACUCGGUCGCCACCAGGAAGGCUUCCGAGCGCGCGGCUGCCGCUUGGGCCCAAGACGGCAAUGAGGAGGUCUGCCACUACGUCAUGAAGGUUCCCGGAAACCAGCUGAACGGUACCGAGAUUGGUGGUGAUUACUACAAGGGCGCUACGGAGGUUGUUGAGCGCAGCAUUAUCAAGGGCGGCAUCAGACUGGCGGGCUGGUUGAACUUGAUUUUUGACAACCGCACCGGCUUCGAGUUCUGGCACUAAAUUGGUGCGAGACUUUGUAGCUGUGUGAAAGUCGGUACUAGUCUAUUGCUGUUAGAAGGGUGACUGAUGGGCUGCAAUACAUAAAUUGUGUGAUACCCUA